AUGAAUGGUUCAAAUACAACUGAUAUUGCAUUUAUUGCACCAUUCACAAUUCCAUCAACUAAUAAUUCCAAACUAAUAUCCUUGCUCUCUGAGCAUAAGAUUCAGUCUAUCAAGCAAGACAUAAAUGAGAAUCCUUUACCAUUGAGUUUUUCCAUACCCACUACAAGUGAGUUUGACGCAUCGAAUAUAAUUGAGUCGAACAAUACAAGAAUCCUCAGCCAAACGUCCGGGCAGCUGAACAACAACCAGAAUGAGCCGAACUCAAUUGUUUCAACAAUUGAUGAAAAUGAAGAGCCAAAAUUGUUGAUUGAAAUUGACUCGAUUCAGCCAACGAACUUGCAGCAACAACUAUCGACUAUUGUUUUGAACAAUUUUCCAAACCUAAAAAAUAACGUUGUGGAGCAAGUGCUCACGAAUAUAAUCAAUCCAGAUACUGAUAAAUCAUUUGAUCGUCAUCGCUCGUUUCACUGGUCACAGAUCAAUUUCGAAUUCACCGAUUUGAAGGUGAUAUUCGUCAGAUUUAAUAAGGUGGAUGAUGCUAAAUGGUUUGUUGAGACUUAUAGUCAUAUAGACACCCUUCUACCUAGAGUUGAAUUGAUUUAUAGUCAUCAAAUUCUGGAUAAACUAGCUGAGGUACCUUCUCAUCCAAGCACAAUUCCAGAAUCAUUGAAAAAGAAGUUGAAAUUAAUACUUUAUACUUCCAAGAAUUUUGCUAAGCCAAAACUACAAGGUUUGGAGGAGCUCGACAAAGUCAUGCAAUCUUAUUCGGAUUACAAAGUUGAUUAUAAUGAUUUAAUUGACGUCCCCAAUGAAAUGAAAGAGGGUAUCAUCAGGGACAUUAUCAAGUUUCGAAGUCGUAUGUUGCUCAUUGAGAAGGAAAAUCGGCAGAAGCAAAUAGAAAAUGAGAGAUUGGUGACUAAAAAUAAAUUGAAUGAAUUGUUCAAAGGAAUUGAAACGACAGAGGCGGGGAGGAAAUCAAAAGAGAACCAGUUGUCAAAUGGCGUUGUCGAAAAGGAAGAUGUUGUGGUUAUACCUGAACAGUAUGAAAAUUUGAGCGAUGAGCAGUAUGAAAAGAUGAUUCGUGAACGAGAAACAAGCGAAUACCAGCAGAAAUACCAAGUCCAACUAGCAAAUUUUAUGAAGCAGCAUGCAAGUGAAAAAUCAAUAUUAGAGUCUAAACUCGGAAAGCUACUCAAUUACGAAACUAAAUUAAUGGACAAUAAGUUGAAUCAGAUUGAAGAAUUAAGGAACUAUGAGAAAUUGGAGAUUACUACAAUGUAUGUCUAUCGCUAUGGUGAUUACUUGAAACAACGCCAUACCAAGCGAUCAUUGGAAAUGAAAUUGGAUGUAGAAGAUGCAGCCGCCGAAGAAAAAGAGCAUGAUAAUGGGAUUAAGCAUGAGCCAAAAGUGGCACAAGUCAAGAAGCAGAAACUUGACACAAGUACAAAACUGAAAUUAGACUUGCUGGUAAUGGAAUCACUAGAUGAAGACUUGAAAAGCCAAAUUCAUGACAAAAUCAGCAACUUGGUGGAGGAAUACCUUGGAAUACAAGAUGACUUUCUAACAGAUGUGAUUAAACAACAUAUUGAAGUAAGUGGCUUCAAUGGCAAAACAACUUUGGUGCUGGAUCUUGUGGAAGUGUUGGAUGAAGAUGCUGAAAAUUUAGUUGAUGAUUUAUACCAGUUUGCAGGAUCAAUCAUGGAGAAAUAA